AUGCAACCAGAGCAUCAAAGAUACCAGAGUGCUGAUCACUCUCAAUCGAAAGCCACUUUGGACCAGAAGCCUGGGCACCGUCCUGCACUUAGUCGAGGGACGUAUAGAUACGUUGCAUCCAAUGUCCACGCGGACGCUGCAGAAGACCAAGAGAACGUCCCUCCGCCCACAUUCAAGCGCAAUAAAGAUCAAGACUUCAAGUAUCUGGGCAAGCCAUCAGUGUCGAUGAUGUCCGAUGAUGAGAAGCCUCGUCGACGACUGAUUGAUGAGACACCUGUUCCUGUGCCCGCGCAGGAGCAACGAAAAGCACUUGGCGCUAUCAGUGGCAACACGCCUCAUCGACCUGCUCCGGCGCCGCCGCCAAAGAUGAGCGUCCUGGACGCGGCUACCGCGACCGCUGGAGCGACGACGACGAAAUCACGGAAAAAACGCCAGCAUAUUGUUGUCAAGGGCAAGCUUUUCACACAGAUGGGAGAGAUUGGCAAAGGCGGCUCGUGCAGAGUGUACUGCGUCAUGGCCGAGAACUACAAGACAUUCGCUCUGAAGCGUGUGAAGCUUGGCAAUUGCGAUGAAAACACGGUCCGCGGCUUCAAGGGCGAGAUUGACCUCCUGAAGAAGCUUACAGACGUAGAGCGAGUGGUGCGGCUUUACGAUUGGGAGAUGAAUGAGGAAAAACAAGAACUUGCUGUUCUUAUGGAAAAGGGCGAUACUGACUUCAAUCGAGUGCUUGCUCUGCAUCUCAACGGAGCCAGCGCGCGCUUCGAUAGCGUCUUCACGCGAUACCACUGGAAAGAGAUGCUUGAGUGUGUCCAAGCAGUGCAUGACUACGACAUCGUGCAUUCGGAUCUCAAACCAGCAAAUUUCCUCCUCGUUCAGGGCCGACUGAAGCUCAUCGACUUUGGAAUUGCAAACGCCAUCGACACAGACCACACGUGCAAUGUACACCGCGAUUUCAACGUGGGAACUCCGAAUUACAUGUCGCCCGAAAGUAUUACGGAUGCCAAUGCUGGUGCCGGCACGGACGAGAACGGGCGACCGCUGAUGAAAGACAUCCGCAUCGGCAAGUCUUCUGACGUGUGGAGUCUAGGAUGUAUCCUGUACCAAAUGGCCUACGGACGACCGCCCUUUGCGCAUAUACAAAAUCCGAUUCCCCGGGUGGUGGCAAUCACGAAUCCGAAACAUGUAAUCGAAUACCCGGAGACUGGAAUUGGCGGGGCGGUAAUUCCAUACUCCUUGAAGAGCACCUUGCGAUCUUGUCUCAACCGAGACGCUCAGAAGCGGCCAAGUGUGAAAGAGCUCCUGAGCGAUAGCGACAGCUUCUUGUACCCUGAUAACAUUGGGGACCAGGUGUUGAUGGAUGAAAAUCUGCUCAAACAAAUCAUCCACAAAGUUGUGGCACGAUGCAGAGAACGUGGGAUUCCGGGCGAUGAUGAGGUCGACGGAUACCCGAGAAGCUUCAUUGCUAGGAUAAAGCAUAUGCGGGAGACGCGAUGA